AUGUGUUAUGUUGGUAAAGCAACUAAGAUCUUCAUCUUCAUUGUCAUUGUUCUUGCUUUUAUGGGCCUUAUUUUGGGCUUCACUCUCAUCAAACAUGGCCUUAGAAAAUCUCAUAAAUGUUCUGAAUCUACUUCUGAUUCUUCUUGUUCACCUACUAUUCAACAAUUUCCAAAUCCAAUUCCAGCUCCUUUGAUUAGUACUACUCCUAACCCGAACCCAGACCCGAAUCCAUCCCCUUACCCGCCUCCUAAUGUUAACCCGACCUUAAGCCCGCCUCCAAACCCGAACCUGUAUCCACCUCCGAGUUCGGGGUCUAGCCCGGUAAUGCCGCCGCCACCACCGCCUCCGGCGCCCGUGAUGAUAUCGCCGGUGGUGGUUCCUGUUCCGCCGCCGCCUGCUGAUCUUCCAAUGCCGGUGAUAUCUGCUCCUCCGCCGAGUUUGAAUCCUCCGAGUCGGUUUGUUGGGUCGACUCCGGGUCCGAUACCUGCUUGA